UGCAAUGUCUACCGAAACGUCGGUGAACUAUUCGCCAAGGACGCGGCUACAACCCAGAAGCCAAGCUACUUCAGACAAUGGCCGUGAAAGCCUGCGAACAUUAUUAUUAAAGAUACACCUGAAUACAAUCUAAAAAGUUUCCUCCAUUUUAUGCUAAAGAGUUUCUAAAUGUUUUUUCGCGAACAGUAUUUAAGCAAUUGUUGCGCUUUUGUAUUGUCGAGUUGCAAGUGUUAUUUUUCUGAGUGGAAGUUGUCUAAACUGGAAUUUCCGCCAUUGCCUCUGGGCGAGGGAGAGUUUGCCGUGGGGUCACAGGCUGGCACCUAAGCUCUCGCAGAGGCUGGUCGCCGGGAAGCUGAGUGCCUCGCUCGUAGAGGCCACGAGGCGUGUGCUGGACGUGCCAGAGUCGUCCUUGUGGCGUUUUAAAGCGUCAACUCCUGGAAAGUGUUCAACACGUCUAGGUAGCGCUCUCAACGUAGACCAUGGGAAAGUUGGGUGGGAUUUCCGAGUGCGAAGCAUUUAAAAGAUUGUAAUAAUGUUUGGAUGCGCUCUGAAAAGGACCCUUGAAAGUGCUUCUUGCAGAAUAGCCGCUGCAGCCUUCCGUGAUAGUCCAAGUCGCUCACGACAUCUCUUACAUCCCUGGGGCCUUUCAGAGGGUUGUGGCGCUAUCUUUUAGUGAAAAUGUAGCGGUAGUCUGUUGCUUUGUCAGCCAACUGCUGUGUACGUCCUUUAAUGUCCAUCUAUUUCUGGCCAGUGUUAAACCUAAAUUGAAAAUUGUCUGAAGACAGUGUCUGAAAAAGGUUUGGACGCAAAAAUAACUGUCGAAAAAUUAAUUAUUUUGGUAAACCGGGAGAAUCCUACGGUUAAGACUGUAUUUUGUAAAGAACAAAGACUUACAAUUCAAAAACAGCCAUUAUAUUAUUAUUUAAACGCCGAAUUUGUGUCAACUCGUUUAUUUUGCUGAGACUCUUGAUGUAGUCAGCCCCGCCGUGUAAGUGCGUGUGGUAUUGAUGAGUGGGUCUAACGAGGCAAAUAAAAUGUUCUGGCUGUCUCGUUUCUCGACCACACAAAUCAGUGCCUCUUAUUUGAGUUAUAGUUUGAUUAAUGGCUUUGUAAUAAAGUUUAGUAUUUUCUAGAUUGUUCUGUUGCUUAGAAUAUCAAGUAGCUAGAUUUUGUUUUGGUAGACACAGUCAUGUGAAGGAGUAUACUUGAGUCGAAUAACUAUUUCGAGGCUUUCGGCGAUAGGACCUCGGAGAUUUAAGAGGUCUGAAAAUCUCUGGAUAUCGACUUUGUGCUCAUUAUUUAAGUCUUGCCUGUGAUCGGGUCGAACCGGUAUAAGAGUGCUUCAUUUGGUUGGAAUGUAAAUCAAGUUUGUCACAGGGAAAUGAGCGCAUUCAUUAGUAGUCUGGAUUCUUAUCGAGACUAUUUUUUAACACGAAUUAAUUUUUUGACCAGUUGGUUUACGUGUGGGAAAAAAAUGUUUGAUCUCUAUUAUCAUGUUUUGAAAAGCGAAAAAAAAGUUGUUGAUGCGUAUUUGAGCUAUGGAAAUGAGUAUCUCAGACGGGUAUUCCAGUCUGGUAUUUUUUUUAAAAGCCUGUGUACCUCGCUUCUUCUAUUACUCAAGUGGGUUGAAGGUACAGUCGUGUACACCAUACUGCGAUAUACAACGUUAGUGUUAGGAUUUCUUUCGGGAGUAAUAUUCCUAUUUUAAUGCCGAGUAUUUCUUUUUCUUUUUCCAAUGAUGAUGCUGCAGCUUUCUUCAUUUUUGCACUUAGACUACUUAUUUCCAAAGGAUUAUGUUCGGAGGCCAUAAUGAAAUUUAAUGCAUAACUGGGUUUGAUCUGCUAUUGGUUUUUACCUAGACAUUUUGCUGUUUUUUUUUUGUUGUUUUUUUUUAACAAGCCCGUCCGAAGAUUUGCGCAUGUGAAAUGACUUUUUUUACUCGUAGUUUGAUAUGGGCUUACUUUAUAACAUAGAUUGUGAUCUUGAAGAUGACAGAAUUGCCCCACUCUGGCCGUGCAUAGUUUGUGAUCUUGAAGAUGACAGAAAUGCCCCACUCUGGCCGUGCAUAGUUUGUGAUCUUGAGGAUGACAUAAAUGCCCCACUCGGGCCAUGCAUAGUUUUUGAUCUUGGAGAUGACAGAAAUGCUCCACUCUGGCCGUGCAUAGUUUGUGAUCCUGAAGAUGACAGAAAUGACCCACUCUGGCCGUGCAUAGUUUGUGAUCUUAAAGAUGACAGAAAUGCCCCAUUUUGGCUGUACGCCAGUCGUGCCCCCUAUUAAUCGGAAGGUCAUGGGUUCCAUUCCCGUCUGGCUUGUGAAUUAUGCGACGUGCUCUGAUAUGUUAGGUGAGGUGCUUAUGGGCAUGUGAUAUCGCUCGUGACGUGGCGGUAAAACUGGUUUUGUAAUUCACUUUUGAGCUCCACGUCGCCUUGUUAGGUCAGAAAGUCUCCGGGAGCGAGCUUCCAUAAAAGGAGGCUGCCGGCUUGAUGGUAUGUGGCUUGCUGGAGGUCUGGGAUCGCGUCCAUAAGGGCGACAUUGGCUCGCGUUUCGAUUCCGACAUCGGCCGUACGCGUAAGGCGGUGAACUAGCCUGCAUCUCGGCGAGACUGACUUUCACCGCGUCAUCAUGUGGACUCUGCGCAUCACAGUUCGCGCCGUUACCUGGACACACAUUACACACACUGUGUGCAGAGCCUCAGAAGAAACCACGUGAUUUGAAAACUGUUCCCGGUACUAGAGUGGUGUCUGUUUACGAUAAACCUGUAGGAAUACGCUAAGGGUGAAUGAGUAGUUCUGUUUCGGUAUUUCGAUAUUCAACUGUACUAUUAGAAUAGUUAAAAUAGCUUAAUCGCUUGGUUUUAUGAUAAUUUUUAGGCAUGAAACAUCCAGUAUAUAUUCUUAAAAGCACUACAGAGACUUGCAUUACAUUUUUAUCUUCGUUUCUCCGCCAUUUAAUGUUACUGUUACUGUUACUACUCAAAUAUGAUAGUUGCCCUAUCACAGUCGCCCUUCGCACGACGCGAAGAUUACGCAUAGAGGCGAUACCGCGCUAGAAGCACCAGCGUCCGUCGCACGUAUCAUUCCGCUUUACACAAAUACACCUCUUCACUAUGCGGGCCCCUUAAACGAUGCGUACCAGUAUUUCCACACCUUCAGUUUAAAGCUUUGAAACUGCUCUAAAUUAAAUAAAUUUGAUAUGCUCCUUUUAAAUCUGUGAAAUUCCGCUGAUUUUUCAUUUAUUUUGCAGUUAAUGUCAUGGCUCUUUGCAUUGAACUUCGGUGAAGUUGACUGACGGAAGCUUUAGAACUGAAUUUCGGUGAAAAAUCAUCCUCCUAGUUCAAUUCACUAGUUCACGUAGCUGUUUCGAGCAUUUCGCCUGCUAAAAAUACAUUUUGUAAACGAACUUAACUUUUGGAACUUACUUUACGGAGGGGAAAAUAAAGCUCAGAAGAACUGUGAAACUAUGGUGCUUUCCUGUGUUUCGUAGUUUUUGCCAGCAGGUGUCGGUUUCCGUCAACACCAAAAUGCAGACGAUUUCUGGUGGCGUUCGGGGUGAUUCAUCGGGAACAAGACAAGCAGCGAACGGGAGAGUGGCCUUUGCUCGUGUCGUAAACAACACCAAAAACAGACUCGUGCGUGGCGGAUGUGUCACAACGCAGUUGUCGCCCGCCAUGUUUGAUAGCUUGUUCGAGAUGUUAGCCGUGAUUUACGAGCGUUCGGCUCGGAUACGUGCAUUGUCAACAGCUGUUCCCGCGUGCAAUCGAGUGAAUAAUCAGAUCACGUGCCUCUCACUAAAGGGGGUCGUUUAUUUGCAGCCUGGUCGGUUUAGAUUCCCGGCGGGUCGAGUUCGCGUUUUUCGAAGAGGGGAACGUGGCGGACGUUGACCUCGAAGUCAAGACGUCAGAAACAAGAUAUUUAAUUUGUCUGAUAGUUCCAGUGAAUAAAUUAUGUAUGUAUAUGUAAUUAAAUAUAUAUUAGUACUUUGCUUGUUAGUGUUUUAAACAUGGUUAACUUUAUUAUAAAAAUAAAUUACGAAUCAUUUUGUCUUUAGUAACUUACUUCCUCUGCAGUAGACUUGAAAAACCCAACACUUUUCCACCUCGCAGACCUACUUUCAUUUUUUUUUUUAUUUGAUUAAAAUGGCUUCCUCUCCUCUUUUUAAUUUAUGGCGUGUUUUCAUGUGCCAUGUUGUAAAUUUUUUUGUCAUCACUUUUAUUUCAGAGCUUUUCGUGUGGAUUUAUUCAGAUUCGUCACAAUUUUUUUCAACACGCACUUACUAAAGAUAAUCUAAUAGCGGUAAAGUGGCGAAAGUGUUAAAAAGUAUUAUCGCUUGAGUAAUCUUCUAUGGCUCAAAAAUAACGUCAGUAUCUGAUAAUAAAAGCGGUGACCCAAUAACAAAUGCAGGAGAUUUAUCGAAAUGAAUUAACAGGAAGAUGCCUUGACUAAUAUUAAUGGGAAUGUUUGGAACAACCAACAUGUUGUGUGGGACCCAGAUUUUAACUGUCCAUGGAGACUUGGACGCUGAUCAGAAGACAUGAAAGUGAGUAGCGAUCUUCAGCCUGGUGCACUGGAACAAAGCGGGCGUUAUUGGCGGGCAGGUAGCCAGCGAGCCUGGUUGCAAUAACGCGACGGCGCGGUACGUGAACAUUGUUUUUUCUACCCGUGGGACAACAAAUAAUAAACGAUUUCAUAUAAAACGUGUCUUGCUGUGACUUACGCUCCAAACAUACAGCAGCCAUAAUUCUUGCAGGCUUUUUUUUAAAAUAUAUUUAAGAGAGUAACUAGUUAAAUCAAAAUUUAACAUUCAUUUUUAAAAAUCAUUAUGAUUAAACAAUUUCAGAGAUUUCAGACAAGUUUAGUAAACAUAACAUUAAAAAUAGAACAACAAUAGUAUAAUUACCAGUGCGCCAGUUCAAACACGUUUCGAAAACAAGAUUCUGACGCGCAUUUCGGAAGGCCUGUCGCGCCGACGUCAUAGAUGUGUCGAACGUGAUUUUCCAGGUGGUUUAUUCGAAGUUUUUCGUUUAUUCUAUCGUAAGCUUUCGAUGUCGGUUCCGAAAUUACUGCUCGCUCGCCGAUCGGAACAAAUCAGUAGCUCUACUGAUAAAACAAGAAAACCUAAAUAAUUUUAAUAAAUUAUUAAAACAAAAAAUCACCUGGGCUUUGAAAAAUUUAGUACUUACUGUGAACGGUGACUAUGUAUCGCUUUCGAAAGCUUACCCCUAUGUCUGGCAAGUAACUAAGUUACUUAUUUUAAAUUUUAGGCAUGAUUGUAAGUUGUCGUCGGUUAAUUUACUUAUUAAUUUUUUAUUUGAUUCAUUGAAGAGAAUGUUUGUUCACAAGAAUAUGUAGAGCCAAAGAUAGUUAGAAUAGCAACUGCUAGUUUUUUUUUUGUCAUAGGUUUCAGGAAGACUAUUCCACGUAUAAAAUAUGAGUUGCUCUAUUUUAGGCUUUGUUUUGCAGCCGUCCACUUAUGGUGAGAUAUCAAAUUGAGUUCUCUAUUUCGUACUCCUCCGAGCGGCUGAGGAGAUAUGAUUUUUUUGUGCGGUGGCAUCCCAGUGAGGUGUAGAGCCGCACAAUCCUGUGGAGAGAGCCGCAUGCGGCUCGCAAGCCGUGGUAUACCGACCCGUGGUAUACCGACCCGUGGACUAGACUGUAAGAGUUUAAUUUAUCGCGCCAUACAUAUCAGUGCAUUAUCUGAUAAUCUCACAUGACAAAAUAAACCCUUUUAACUUAAUUUUUGCGAGAAAAAAAUAUGAAGUAUUUUGAGUACAGUUUAAAACAAGAAAUACUUAAUAUUCAAAAAUGAAAAGUCUUGAAAAUAAUAAAUAAAUAUGAAAUAAGAUAAUAUCUCUAAACAAUAUCUGAGCUAGGCCAAACAAGGUUUAACUUAAUAUUCUAGGUAGCUUAAAAAAAAUUGUUCGGACAAAAAUGAAAUCUACUCAAUUUCGAAACAAAAAAGAAAAUGUUGAAGUAGACGUUUGAACUUGUAAAAUGUUUUAUGUUUAAGUUACAACUCAUGACGUAACCCACUCGGUCACUUAUACAUUCGAUGAGUUGUGUGAAAAAAAAACUGUAUGCAAUAUAGUAUAUCUUAUGUAUUGGAAUAAUAGGUAGUUAAAAAGAAAUGUGUAAACAUAAUUAAUUUACUUAAAGAAUAAUUUAAGUAGUGCAUAAAACGGUGAAUGAGUGAAUAUCCAGCUUAUACGUAACUGUUGCCGCCACACUUCCAAGUCGCCACGUUUAAAGGCGAGUUUCCGAUCGUGAAGUCAGGUUCCGACAGCCCAGUAAGCAGUCGGGCUUUCGCGAUCGGCGGCCAGCGAGACUCGAAACGCGGCACGUAACUUGGAAUACCAGACGUGUGAAAUCUUCCGCUGAUGGUCGUGUUACGGUCGGGAACUCCUUUCCGAGUGACUUGGAAUGAGCGACACGGAAUGUUCGCGCCGCUGUGGUUCCGGCGCGAGGCGUGCUGGCCGCGGUGCUAAUGGGAUCGAUUAGUCCGGCGCCAGGCACCACGCUCGCCUCUGAUUGGCGCGAUUGGCUCGCCAAGGUGUGGUGAGGGCGCCGUGCCUGCCUGCGCCGGCCGCGACCGCGUGUCGAGUUGGCCGGCAAGCUAGAACAGCCUGUAACAUUUCCCCUAACUGUUUUCAGACCGUGUGCAAAACAGAAGUGGCCUGGCUUCUGGGUUGUAGCCGCGUCGAAGGCUAAGAUUUCACCGACGUGUCGGUCGCUCUUGCAGUUACCUACCAGCAGGUAACUGCUACCCUGAAGAUGGCGACUGCGAGGUCGACCGAAACAUCGGUGAAAUCAGUUAAUGGUCGCAAAAGUUUGCGAUCCUUAUAUAAUGGACAUGCGCCAUUGCUGGUUUCCACUGGAUGCCAAGGAGAAUCCUCAAGAAUGAACAGCGAAGAUGAAUACACGGAGAAUAUUAGCUGAUGUCAAAUGUUAAAUUUCUAGACAGCACAGAUAAUUUUGUCAGUAUGUAUGUGCCCGAUGACAGGAGCAGAUGUCAGUUCCCCAAACGUCGCAACUGUUUUGUCUUGGAAGCCUUCUCUGUUCAUCUGUCGUCGUGUUGUCCAGAAUGUGUGUUUAGUUCCAUCGUUGGGUUCGUCUGUUUGUCGCUGUGUUUUCCAAGGUGGUGGUUUGUCUGCAUUUACUGUUCUUGUUGCAACUGUCUCUUAUUAACCCCAUUUGUGUUCGUCUGCUGUAGUUUAUUUCUUACUUGCUCGUUCCACGGAAUUAUCUGUGCUAUCUAGGAAUUUAACCUUUGACAUUAAUUGCCUUUUUGUCCUUGUGUUUAUGUAUUCAUAUUUGUGGUCCAUUUUUGAGGUUUUUCUGUGACAUUCAAUGUAAACCAGCAGUGGCUUAUGUCCACGCCAUUGGCUUAAAUAAACUUGCCCCAUUGUAAGAAUCAUUCAUAAAAGUACACAACUAUAGCUGUAUCCCUUUACUUUUUUUUCUUAAUUGUUUUAGAACUUUUAUUUAAUACGGCUGAAAGAUUUCUUUAACGUUUUGAAUUCGCAGUGUGGGAAAUAUUAAGCACUAUACAAAAAAAAUCUGAAAUGACACAGCCCUACUUUAGUCUAAUGCAAUGAACAUUCAUUGUCACACAUAAUCAAGGUUCAUAAAAAUCUUAUGGCGGCGGGUCCAUUUAAGAGGGAUGUGCAGAGCUCCGGUUAUGUUUUUUUUUUUUUCCUUGAGAACCAACCAAGUGCAAAAUAGAAAAAUCUGGUGAAACGUACUGAAUGACCGAUGAAAAUGUGAAUAAGCAAUGUAAUCGGUGUUGUUCAAUUAAUGGGAGAAAGUAAACGUGAGGUAUCGAAAACUUAGCUGAAACUUUUUUUUAUUAGUAAAAAGUUGAGUUUUAUUUUUCCGUUCGAUUUUGAGGUAAUGAGUUUUUUUCCUGGAUUUCUAAGAUUGUACACGCGAUUCACCAGGAAAAAUCUUAACUUUUCGCCAUGUUUAGAGACCGGUAAGGUUCGUGGGUUCAUUGGCCUGCAGGCUAGACUUGGUAGUUCUGUGCUUUCUCGAGGCUUAGUCAUUUGUCCAUUGGCUUCUUUCCUGUAGGAACGAAUGCGAUUUUGCCCUUCAGUUUAUGUCGUUUUGUUAUUGGUUUAGACUACGUUGAGGCGUGUCCAAACGUUUCAUAUCAAGUGUUUUGGAGUUGAACUUGUUGAAUGAGCCCACUAAAAGCCCGGCACCUCAUCUGUGCUGGGUGUGCACACUGAAGGGGCCCGCCUGGUCAGGGGUAUAUCUGUUAGGGCCGGUUUCACCAACAGAGAUAAACUUAAUGGAAAAUCGAGAUAUUUUUAUCGAGAUAAAAAGUUAAACUUGAAUUUUAAUCGCGAUGAUCUUGUGUCCGUUUCACCACGACUUAUCCUCUUCCCAGAUAAUCGAGAUAAUAAUAUCUCGAUAUUCAUUAUAAAAUCCCGAUUUUCUUUUUGAAAUCUCGAUGUUCGGAAGAAAAGUAAACAAAUAUCGCGAGUAGGUUUGUUGUUAUUCAAGUCGUGUAGCGAUAAUAAAGAUAAUGGAAGCUAAAGAAAACACUUGUUCCGCCAAAAAACCACGAAAUAAGAAUUUAUCACCAGAAGAAAAAAUUGUUUUGUUAGAUUUGGUGACAGAACAUUUUAACAUAAUUGAAAAUAAGCGCACGGAUGCAGUAACACAACAGAACAAAUUGAAACAGUGGCAAAUUAUUGCAAGUAGUUUCAACUGUGUGUCAGGAGUCCAUCACAGGUCUGCAGAUAACCUGAAAUCUGUUUGGGAAAAUCUGAAGAAGACGACACGGAAACAGUAUGCAGACGAAAAAGUUCAGAUGGUAACUGGGACAGGUAUGUUUUGUAUAAAAAUAUUUUCAACUUGUAUUACAAAAUGUAACAUUUUAUUUUGUGACUUACUAUACAAAGUGAAAGGAAGUGGUUUAAUAUAUUUUUACAAAUGGCAAUGUACAUUGACAAUUAAUUUAAUUAAAUUGAAUACAUUGUUUUUUUCAGGUGGAGGACCCCCCACAAAGUGUACAAAUGACCCUAUUUUGGGCCGCGUAUAUACUUUAAUAAAACCUGUAGUUAAAGGACACAAUAAUAUCUUUGACUCAGACUCAGAUGCAGUAAUGGUCAAUACAUUACAAUGCAUAAGUGAAUCAAACAACACAGAAGAAAAUGCAGUCGUAGAGCUGGAAAUAGGUUCGAUGGUGGACAUUGCUACCCUGGAGACUCAAACUAGUACACUUCUUAAUGGAGACUGGUCCCACUACACUCCCUCAAUGCUCAGAGGCCCCAUAUGUCCUGCUCUUGUACCACAAAAUAAUGCCAGUUCAACAUCAUCAGUUUCACCAGUGAUAUUCCCUUGUGUCAAAGAAACGGUUAUGGUAAGCACUGAGCAAGGCAACUGUGAAAGUACUUCAAGAGACCAUAUUCCCGAUAAUAGUAACAAUGUUGCAAAAUCAGUCCUUGAGUGUCAGUUGCCAAACAUCGCGGGGAAGUCUUCCUGGACUCAGAGACGGCGGCCAAAAUUGCAGUCCAGCAAGAACAAUGAAAUAAGUGCCCUCCAUAAAGCUAAAAUUGAACUAAUUGAAUUAUGUAAGAAAUAUGCAACAGAAGAAAAUGAAGCUAUGAAAGAACUGCGUCAAGUGAGAUUGCAACAAGAACAAGAAAGGCUGAAUCAUGAAAAGCUACAGACUGAAUUUAUGACUCUACAGAUUAAAAAACUAAAGAAAGAAUUGGAUGGUUUAUAAUUUUAUGUUUUAUGUAAUUUGUAUACAAUUUUUCUUUGUAACUCUAUUUACAAUGAGCAUUUCAAAGCAUCUGAUUUCGUAUAUUUGUAAUGAAACCUAGUUGUAUUGAAAAUCAUUAUCUAUAUAUAUAUUUGAUAUUUGUAGCAUUACUAAUUAUUUGACUAAUAACAAUUAUACAUAAAACCAUUUUACAGUUUUUGUCCCUUGAUCCUUGCUGCAACAUCUUCACGAAUUUGUUGAUGAUUUUUUCUCGAGGCCAUCUACAACAAACUGAGACAACAAAAAUUAUUAAAUAUGAUAGGAGUUUGUAUAUGCAAUCGGAUAAAUUUAAUAUUAUUUGUUCUUACCUUCUGAAAUAGUUCUCAAUUAAUGACCGUCUCACUACAUCAUAUCUGGCCCUUCUCUCCACAUUUCCUUCUUGAUCCCUAAUGUAACCUUCCUCCAGCAGUUCAGUCCACGGUUUUUCACAAAUAAUGUUAGGAUCAUCUGGUGGAAUUUCUUCGCCGGCUCGUAUCAAAAUAUUAUGCAGCACUGCAGUUGCCACAAUGAUUGGGAAAGCAUUCUCUAGGCUGACUUUCAGUCCUAAAGCUAAGACUGGAAAGCGCCGUUUCCAGCAUCCAAACAUUCGUUCUACUGGAUUCCUAGAUCGUAUUUGCGAUUCGUUGUAAAGAUGUUCCUGACGACUUGUGGGAUUGUUCAAUGGAGACAUUAGAUAUUUGUUACAACCAUAGCCUGAAUCCACAAGCAAUACCGAAUCUCCAUAUGCUCCUCUUUCAAAGAAUGCUCUUCUAUUACUGUUAUUAAAGACUGUACUAUCGUGUGUGGAUCCAGGCCAUCUGGCAACAAUAUCUUUGAAUUCCACAUUUGGGUCACAAAUGGCUUGAAUAUUGAUAGAAAAGUACCCUUUUCUAUUUCUGUACAACUCUGCAUUUUCUCCUCCUGAAAAAAAAUAUUUUCUGUAUUAACAAUAUGCCUUGACAUAUCAUUCACUUUGAACCUAUGCUCAAUGAUAUUCUUAACAAACCUGGUGACUGUAUUCUGACAUGGGUGCAAUCCAUUGCACCAAUAGCCCUGGGAAAUUUUGCAAUCUGAUAAAAUUUCAUUUGGGCCGAAUGAAUUUCUUCUCUGGUCUCAGGAAAUCUUAUGAAUUGAGGCCGAAGAGCAGCGAUUGCGCAACUAACCCUGUGGAUUAUUCUGUGUGCUGUGGGUUUACUACAACCAACGUAGUCCCCAACAGACAGCUGGUUACAUCCCGUUGCAUAAAAACGAAGUGUUGCAAGAAGUUGAUUCAUGGGUGAAACUGACAUGUUCCUAAAAGUAAAAAUAAAUACUGUUAGUAAUCUAGAUUUAAUUAGAAAAUUUAAAUGGAUGUUUAGAAUCAAAUAAACCUACCUGUCAGAAGGGAACUCUAGUUGGUUUUCAAUAUGUUCAAGUACAAACAUAGCCGAUUGUUUAGAAAGACGAAAGUGAAUCUUGAAAUCAUCCUCGUCAUACAAUUCAAAAUAAUCGCUUCUUUCCUGAAUCCAUCGUGGCCGACGUUCGCGAAAAUGUUCUUCAUCAUCACUGUCCUCAAGAAUUAAAUUAUACAUCGCCCGAGCCAUAUUUCCUCCAAAAAUAUAAUGCAUGCUGUGAUGUGUUUGUUUAUUUUUACAUCUUUAUCCAGAUAUUCUCACUUUAUCCACCAAAUUCCGAGGUUUAAGUAUUCUAUCUCGAUAAUAUCAGAAAAUCGAGAUAAAGUGUGUGAUGAAACACAACAACUAGAACAUCGAGAUAUUUUUGAACUUUAUCUCGAUAAAAUAGCAUUAUCCCUGUUGGUGAAACCGGCCCUAAGUGCAAGGCUCUGAACUGUCGCGUAGUCUUCUUAUCGUCGUGCAUUUGAGCGCUAACUAAAAUUAAAUGAAGGAGAAAUGAAGAUAAAGGUGUCAUGUAAGGGCCUUGAGUGCUUUCAAGAAUCUAUAAUGGAAGUUUCAUGUCUAAAUAUUCAGAAAACAUGCGUUUUAGCCCUUUUCACUCUUCUAAAAAUACAGUUUCAAAACGAAAUGCGUGAACAGACACCACUCUCGUAUCUUUGAGCAGGUUUUAAAUCGCGUGGUUUCUUCUGAAGCUGUGCUGCACACCGCAUGUGUGUCCCGGUAAGCGGGGCCCUCAGCCAAGCCGGCUACUUGAACUUCAGCAGUGGUCAGUUUCAUCAGGGUUAAAAAGUGUACAGUUAUGGCGUGAAUGAAUUAUAGACACUGUUUGACCACACAAUAAAGGUAUAAAUAACACAAUGUCCAUGAUGUAAAUUUUCCGCUUAAUGUAUUGGUACUGAGCACUAUUUUGAGUUACUAUAAACUUAAACCACAUAUAAUAAAUAAACCGCUGGCGCGAGCUUGCUACUGUGCAGUGUAAUGGGCGUUUAGAAUACCUGCCCCGAGUCAUUCGCCUUGCGUGAUAACAGGCUCUUAAAUGGCGUGAACUCGAAGGAAAGGGUUCUGUGCGGUUGUUUCCACUCUUGUGGGAAGUGGGCCAAACUGGCGUGUGGCUGGUACACAGGUCUCGGCAGUCGCCUCUGGGCACACCCCUGCUCGCGCGCAGAUUGUGGUUGGAUGUGAACUUGGCACCUGUGUCGCUAGUCGGGCUUGAGUUUCACCUCACGUCGGCCGACACGCCGCUUCGACCAAUCCGCGGCCUGUUCCUCCUGCGUGUUGUCUGUGUCGCGUCCUGCGAGCGACGCCUGUGUAGUGGGUGCCACGAGACUAGUUACGUGACCCAAACUUUGUGUGAGGACUUGAUUGCUGCGAGUAUAGUAGCUACUCGUCAGCCAGAAACUACAUGCGCUAGGAAGCAAAUAAAAAAUUUUGAGGUUAUGUUUUUAUUCGAGAAUCGCCUUAAAAAUUUUUCUGUUACUUUAAUGAUGAUUAUUUUAGUUCUAAAUCGAAUGCGCGUCCUUGGCGUGUUCAGGGUAGACUAGGCAAAGCUCGGAGGAGGAACAACACCAACACCAAAUCGAUGAACACGGUAAGAAAAAAGUGUACAAAUCCCCGACCUGCCAUGUAAUUGAACCCACAAACACCUUACUCCGGCCUGUCUAGCCACCGCGCCAAGUCAUAUGGAUUUAAGUGAAGCCGUAACGGUAAUUAUUUUUUUUUACAAUUUUUUAGUACUUCAAUUGUUUGAAUCAACGACCAAUAAGAAAAUAGCAACGGCAAUCGAGUAGCAGAACUGGUCCAAGGCGAGCGGUGUGUUAGCAUGUAGGCGUGAUUUCAUCGAGCGAUCUUGCUUGCUGCGAAUGAGAGCGAACUCGCCAAUUGUAAUCGACGCUAACUCGGUGAGUAUCGAUCUCACAGAACGAGUGAAACUCCCCACGGGAAGUUCUGCGUGAGGUUAUUUCAAUGUUUUUUAUUAAGUCGCUGUUUUUUUUUAUUUUUUUUUUUUUUAUAACUUCUUAGAGUCUUCGGCGACCAAUGGCCCUGAUAACAAGCUAGUAGCGAGGAAAAGAGACUACUUAACUUCAUUUACUGGGGCAAAACAAGCUGCAAUCGUAAUUACAUCGAGUGAGUUUGGAAGCAGGGAAAUUUGGAAGAUAUCGGUAAUAUUAUUUAAAUUUCUAAAAUGAUAAGUCUCAAAUAGUUUAAGCAGGUUACUUUUUUUGAGGUAUACUUCUUUAAGCUUGUUAUGAAAAACAUUAUAGUGAAUUUUCACGAUGCGCGCGCACAAUGAAACGAAAU